GAUACAGAGGAGGAAACUCGUCACGUGCCGCUUUGAUUAGAGAGUCUUCGCUACGCUUCUGUUUUUGUUUUCACAGGCUUUUCUUCCUUUUUCUCUUUCGGCGCGCUUACACGCACACGCACGCGUACCCGCAAAAAGAAGCACAUCAACCCGCGUACGAAGACGCGCACGAAGGAAAAGAAAGGGCGAUAAAUUUGUUAACGCCGACGCUAGUUUUUUUGACCUUUGCGAGCUACAUAUAUCUAACAGGAGAGCGAUGACGAAUGCCGAACACCGCUCCUACGAAUAAAGAGAACUAUAUAAAGGAAAAACAAGUGCUGAUAAGCUACGACCUUUGGUUGGCUUUCGUAUUGGAGUCCACAGACGAUCUCGUGCAGACGGUGCUCACGCUAGAAAGGUGCUUCUCUCACACAAAUGCCGUCUUCCUCAGUGGGGUGUCGCCUCUGCUGAAAGAGAAAAAGGGAGAGCAAGGAGGGACACUUCGAGGAACGCGUUGUUGCGGUGGAAGAAGCGAAAGGAAAUCGCCACCACGUCUCUGCUCUUCUGCUCUUGAACACUGUCCUCGAAGCUGUUCGGCCUCACGCGGUCUUUGCCGCUCGCCGUGACCAACCUGCGGGGAGUUGCCUUCCUCCGUGCGCAUUCCUGCGCGCACGCCCUGCACUGGCUUGAGAGAAGGAAGUUCAAAACAUCUCCUUUUCUUAUGAUUAUUCGUCUUUGAAAAAAAACCCACGGAUUGCUUCUCUCUUUGCUCUUGUCAUUAUUAUUAUUGUUAUUAUUAUUCGGCUACUGGCCAUUCAACGCGCGUUGCACACGGCUGCACCAUCUGUUCGCAAACGCGCAGCAACCACAUACCUUCUGCUGUCUUUGCUCCCUUUAAAGGAGAAGAAAAGAGCGUGAUCAUCCCACUUUUGACACCCAAACACACGCACAGAACAGCAUCAUGUCUGCUUCAACACUCACCGUGGAGGAGGUCCGCCGGAACUACGCCAAGUUGCUCGACCCUAAGGAGCCGCUGGACAGCCGCAUGCGGGAGCUGUACCGCCUGAAGGAGGACUGCCUCAAGACCGUGCCCGGCAUGCAGGUGGUGCUCGAGGCCGUCGACACCACCGACUCGGUGCUACUGCAGCACGAGCUGGCCUACAACGCUGGCCAGAGCGGACGCGAGGAGGCCGUGCCGGAGUUGGAGCGGAUUUUGCGCACCGUCAGCUACGACGUCGUGACGCGCCACGAGGCCGCGGAGGCGCUUGGCGCGAUCGGGUCCACGCUGGCGCUGAAGGUGCUGGAGGAGCACAGCGACCCGGCCAAGGAGCCGGAGGGGCCCAUCCGCGAGACGUGCGAGUUGGCCCUGGCGCGCAUCGCCAUGAAGGAGAAGAAGGGCGACAAGGCGGUGGCGCCAUCCAGCGACUGCGGCUUUGUUUCGGUGGACCCGUCACCGGCCUUUAACGAGGCUGCGGACGGCGACGAGCCGGUGCCCACGACGGUGGAGCAGCUGACGGAGGUGUUGCUAGACACGUCCGGCCACACGCGGCUCUUCCGUCGCUACAUGGCCAUGUUCACCCUGCGCAACAUGGCGAACGACGCCGCCGUGGCAGCGCUCUGCCGCGCCCUUCGCGAGGACACCGUCUCUCCCCUGUUCCGCCACGAGGUGGCCUUCGUGCUGGGCCAGAUGGAGCACCCCAAGAGCCAGCCGGCUUUGAUUGAGGCGCUGAAAGACGAGGCGGAGGCCCCGAUGGUGCGCCACGAGGCCGCGGAGGCCCUCGGCGCCAUCGCCGACCCCGCCACGCUGCCAGUGCUGGAGACGUACGCGGCGCACCCGGAGCCGAUUGUGCGUGACAGCUGCGUGGUGGCCCUCGAGAUGCACAAGUACUGGGCCAACUUCAACAGUCUGGGCCACCAGCAUGCGGUGGAGGGAGAGGAGAAAGCGGCGACAGCGGCGGCCGUGGCGACUGCGUGA